CACACAACGCCUUGGUGGAAGCGAUGGCGCCUCUAGACUUGGAUAAAUAUGCGGAGAUCGCGAAGCAGUGCAAAUACCUCCCAGAAAACGACCUCAAGAGAUUAUGUGACUAUGUGUGUGACCUUCUAUUGGAGGAAUCCAAUGUCCAGCCUGUUUCUACACCCGUGACAGUUUGUGGGGACAUACAUGGUCAGUUUUAUGAUCUUUGUGAACUCUUCAGAACUGGCGGACAGGUUCCUGACACAAAUUACAUAUUUAUGGGUGACUUUGUUGACCGAGGAUAUUACAGCUUGGAGACGUUCACAUACCUGUUGGUACUGAAGGCCAAAUGGCCUGACCGCAUCACGCUGCUUCGUGGAAACCACGAGAGCAGACAGAUUACACAAGUAUAUGGGUUUUACGAUGAAUGUCAAACCAAGUAUGGGAAUGCAAAUGCUUGGCGUUACUGUACCAAGGUGUUCGACAUGUUGACAGUUGCAGCACUUAUGGAUGAGCAGAUCUUGUGUGUCCAUGGAGGUCUCUCUCCUGACAUAAAAACGUUGGAUCAAAUCCGAACCAUCGAGAGGAACCAGGAAAUUCCCCACAAAGGAGCGUUUUGUGAUCUGGUCUGGUCAGAUCCUGAAGAUGUUGACACCUGGGCUAUCAGUCCCAGGGGAGCUGGAUGGCUCUUUGGUGCAAAGGUCACCAAUGAGUUUGUUCACAUCAACAACUUGAAGUUGAUCUGCCGGGCGCAUCAACUUGUCCACGAAGGCUACAAGUUUAUGUUUGAUGACAAGCUGGUGACGGUGUGGUCAGCUCCAAAUUACUGCUAUCGCUGUGGCAAUAUUGCCUCCAUUAUGGUCUUCAAAGAUGCGAACACACGAGAGCCCAAGCUUUUCAGGGCAGUGCCUGACUCAGAGAGGGUUAUUCCACCUCGAACAACAACGCCAUAUUUCCUGUAACCAGCAUUCAUCAUGAAGAUCCCAACCAUCAUAUUUGUUUUGUGCCAUAGAUGAGGGGCUGCAGUUUCUGUGGCACUGACAUCAGAAGUUGCAAGCUCAUAUUGAUUUUGUAUUGUAUAUUUAGGAUCUUUCCAGUAAAAUCUUUGCUCUUGGGUCUGACUGUCAACAAUUCUUUCCACACUGUAUUUAAACCAAUUAUUCCACGGCACGGUUGUAGACGCAUCUGACGCAUGACCUGUAUUGGUUGGCCCUUAAGUGUAAAUGUUUUCUAGGCUAAGGUUUAAAACUACGCGGAAGUCAACUGACCCAUAUGAUAGUUGCAUAUUUAUAUUAGACUGUUGUAGUUUACAAUAAAAACUUCACUAUCAAGAGCACAUGGCAGGUGUAUUAUUGUUAUAUACAAUGCUUUAUUUUAUUUUUAUUAUGGAAAUGUAUCAACAUUGUGUGUAAGAUAACGCUGCACAAAAGCAACAUUGCUUUUGUUCAGAUAGCUAUAGUGUUUCAACAUAAGUAUAUGUUGAACAUACUGUAACGUGAUCUUAUAAAGAAAUAAACCCUAAAAGUUGAU